GCAAUGCCUUCAAUCUCCGAACUUGACGCUGCUUACGCUCUUGCAAAGACUUCUCCUGCACUGGCUGUCGAUAAAUUCAAGACUCUUCUUUCUGCCUCUGUUGGAAGCUCUGAGGAUGAUUUGAAAAUUAAAGAAAGUAGCAUUAACAAGCUUGGAGAGCUGUAUCGGGAUUUAAAACAACCAGGAGAGUUGGCCGCUCUCAUUCGAUCGUCGUAUAGUUUUUUACUGACUAUUUCCAAAGCAAAGACCACGAAAAUCGUACGCACGCUUAUAGAUCAAUUCAAUGACAUUCCAAACUCUCUUCCACUCCAAGUUGACAUAUGCAAAGAGACCAUAGAAUGGGCUGUCGCUGAACAUCGUAUUUUCCUUCGCCAAUCACUCGAAACUCGUCUGUGUGGUCUCUAUUUGGACAGUAAACUGUUUACAGAAGCUCUUGCCCUUAUUUCCAGUCUGCUCAAGGAACUCAAGCGUCUUGAUGACAAAAAUGUGCUUGUAGAGGUCCAGCUGCUAGAAAGUCGUGUUUUCCAUGCAUUGAAAAACUUGCCAAAAUCAAGAGCUUCACUCACUUCUGCUAGAACCUCUGCCAAUGCUAUCUACUGUCCUCCACUUAUGCAGGCAUCGCUUGAUAUGCAAUCUGGUAUUCUACACGCCGAAGAAAAAGACUAUAAAACAGCGUUUUCAUACUUUUAUGAAACCCUUGAAGGAUAUGCAUCGCUUGAUGACCGUCGCGCUGUCAUGGCACUUAAAUAUAUGCUUCUUUGCAAGAUCAUGGUCAAUCUUGCAGAGGAUGUUCACAAUAUUGUCAACGGAAAGGUCGCGCAGCGAUAUAGUGGUCCUGAUGUGGAUGCCAUGAAGGCAAUCGCUACUGCUCAUGAAAACCGCUCUUUGCUUGAAUUCGAACAAGCUUUGGCCAAGUUCAAAACUGAGCUUGGAAAUGACCUGAUUGUUCGUUCGCAUCUCUCUGCUCUCUACGACACUUUGUUGGACCAAAACCUACUCAGAGUGAUUGAACCUUAUUCGCGUGUCGAGAUUGCUCAUGUUGCAGCAUUGGUUAAGCUCCCAACUGCCCAAGUUGAAGCCAAAUUGUCUCAAAUGAUCCUAGACAAGGUGUUUUUGGGUAUUCUUGAUCAAGGAGCAGGCUGUCUUGAAGUAUUUGAGGAACAACCUGCAGAUAAAACCUACGAUGCGACCUUGGAAACCAUUAAGCACGUUGGUCAUGUUGUCGAAUCCCUUUACAAAAAGGCUGGCAAGUUGACCAACUGAGUCAAUAGGAUAUUUUGUCGAGCCUCUAUUUUUAAUUGGGGUUGCUUUCUAUAGUUGCCUGGAAUAUUGUCGGUGUGUUGAAUUUGUCUGCAGCUACAGCGUUACUACCUAUCCAGAUUGAAUUGAAAUAAAGUGGUGGUUAAGAAUCUGG